AUGUGCGGGAUGGGAGAGGAGAGGCCGAGAAUUGUAUGGGAGGCGAAGUGGGCAAACAAAAAGAGGGGUAGACAACCCACGGAAUGGGUCAAGGUUGUAGAGGACGUAUGGAAGGGGCUCGACAUCGACGAAGAUGAAACGCUGGAAACGGAGGGUCUACAGGGGUUCAAGGAGAAGAUAUCUGUUGCUUGUGCCGAGAGAGAAGAACAGAAUCUGAGGGAAUCCAAGGAUAAUAAGGAGGGUCUAGAAGUGUACGGAAUGUUGAAGGAAGGAGGGUUCAAGGAGAAGAUAUCUGUUGCUUGCGCCGAGAGAGAAGAACAAAAUCUAAGGAAAGAAUCCAAGGAUAAGGAGGGUCUAGAAGUGUACGGAAUGUUGAAGGAAGGAAUAGGGUUCAAGGACUACCUACAUGGACCAAUGGAUGCAGGAACAAAGCUUGAGGUCAAAUUCAGGACCGGGGACAUAGGCCUUCGAGAACGUCGACGAAGACAUAGGACGGUAGACGAGGAAGACGACGAGUUCAAAUGUGAUUGCGGCUUCGAAUGCGAAGACCGUGUUCAUGUAGUCGCGGAAUGUCCGUUGUACAAGAAGGAGAGGGAAGUGUACGUGACUGAGCUGGGAAAAAUAGAUGGGACGUACAGGGAGAUGUUUGAGGCAUGGAAUAGAGAAAGGACGGUAGCUGUACUGGGGCAUAGGAGGUGGUUUGAAAAGGCGGGGAGGGAUACAGUUGGCGCCCACAGUUUAGAAACGCUUACUUCAGGUCCAGCCUCGAAUUCUUAA